GGUAGAGACAUUAACCCACCAAGUGGAAGAUGUUGAAAACUGGGUCACAGAGACACAGCGCUUCAUUACUUUGCCCGUCGAAGAUGAGGAUAAAACUGUAGCUCUCUACAGAACAAGGAUCGUUAGGAUACAGGAGAUGCACAGGAUAGUGAUCAUGCGCAUCGUUGAAGUGAGACAGAUCAUCACAGUCUACCGUAGAGUAGCACAUUAUGAUGACAACAGUGAAGCCAUGCUGCACAGACUGGAGGCUGUGAGCAGUGACCUGGAUGAUGUGAAGCUACAGCUAGAAACAAACUUGGUGACGGCGCAAGAGGCUGUACAAGACUUGGAGGAGCGGGAGCGCAUCGUGCUGGCACUAACGAGCCAGGUGGAGGAGAUCGAGUUGUGGGUCUUAGAGGUUAAUAAAUCGAUGCAGCGUGAAAUCCCCACGCACAACGACACGGAGUUUCUCAGCGUUAUGCUGGAAGAGAAUCAGGUGCUUACUGCUGUCAUUGUCACUCGGGUAGAGGAACUGUCCUACAUCUACAGCACAUACCAGCAGGUGGCGCCGGCUCAGCCAGCAGACGCUGUGCAGGUGAUGAAUGUGCGACUAGACAGGAUUAGGGAGAAGCUGAAAUUGGUAAUGGCUGCAAGGCAAACACAGGAGACCCGACUACUGCUCGCCAUUCAGGAGGCAGAUAAACGUACGGAGCAUCUCAGACUUAUGCGCACUGUCGUCACCCAGCUGGAGACACUGGAAAUAUGGGCAGCGAAAGCUCAAACCUUCGUCGGGAAACCAGUUUGUAAAGAUAGCAAUACCGACACUCUAAAUGCUGAGCUGGCGGAGACUGAGGACAUGCAGGCAGAGCUGAAUCGACACAUUGAGGAGGCAGCAUACCUCGCUUCCCUGUACCAGACAUUGUCCACUGACGAGCCGGACGCUGACGUGGAGGCGAUGACCAGCAGGAUGGACACUGUCCUGUGGUUGCUGCAUGAGAUCGAGACCCACUUACAGGGCAGGCAGGUGGAGCUCCAGCAAGCCAUUGAGAAAACAGGAGAGAAGGCAAAGGAGGCUGAAGCAAAGGGUGGCUUUACCACGUGGGUUAGUUCUAAGCUGUUUGGCACCGUGGAACCGGCCACUGCUAUGGAGGCCGGAGAUGCGAAAAGAACAGAGGAACAUCCGAAGAUCACGACGUCAGAACUGCAGCUCUCGCAGGAAGAACCAGAGACGAGCGAAGUCACACGGACCGUCACGACCGAAACGGUCACGACAACGAUCACCACCAAGGAGGUGGUAAGUCCAUUCGAAGAGGAAGUCGUCGUGAUCACGGAGGAGGAGCCUGAGACGCGGGAAGACGUCGUGAUUGACGCGGGUGGUGACACCUUGGCUGCGAAGAAGAGGAGGAGGAGACAUAAGAAGAAGCCCGUCGUUACUGAGGUGACAGAGGAGGAGCGGCCCACGCGGCAGGACAUUGAAAUCACCACUGAGGUGAAAGAACUCCAGCCAACGUCGAGCGAUGGCGAAGAGGCUACGGCAACAGUCACCGUGACGACCACUGACGUGCGUGUUGUUGAGGAGACAACGUUAGUCACCCCGGCGGAGGAGAGCGAGUGGCUCCCAGCAUCCGAGGCUUCAGGCAUCAUCGGCGUCACGGAGGAGCAGGUGGUCGACUUUGGAGAAGACGUGCUCGCAAAGAAGAAGAAACGUAAACCGAAGAAGAAGAAGCAGAGGCCGGCACUUUGGCCCACCGAGGGAGAGACCGCCACAGAAGCAACGGUGACCCCCGAAGCGAAACCGACUGAUAGGACCGUGGAAGAGGCACAGGCAGAUGCGGCGCCCGCUGAGGUGUGUGAGUAUGUUGUUGAGGAGCCUGAUGACACCGGUCUCACGCACUACCAGCUCAUGAUUCGAUCCGUAGCCGACAUGGCUCUGGUGCCCGAGGAACCACUGAGCAGCAGUGAGUGGACCCCUGAGCUGGUGGACGCUGAGUGGAACAGCCUGCAGUGGAACGUGGCACAGACCAGCAACAUUCUAGAUACACUGGAUGAAGAAACAGAAGAAAUGUCCGAGGAAGGACGGCAGCUUUUUCGCGUGCUGCGUGUUGUAACGACACGAGUCGUUGUCAUCGUCGUUCAGCGCACCCUGGUGACGACCACCAUCACCGAGCUGCAUCAUUGCUGGACUGCCGCCAGAGAGCGCCCCAGCGACGAACAAGCGCAGCUGGCGCUCAUGCAGAGGCUGAGGCAUACCCUCAGCAUCGUCGCUCAGUACAUCAGCAGUUUGGAGGUUCGAUUCCUGGAGACUUCGGAGCUUAGCGUACAGGAGCAGCUUGAUGAACACAAGGCAUUGCUGGAUGAGGUGCGUGAUACCAGAGCCGAGCUGGUGUCUCUGCAGGAGGCAGCACCCGAGUUAUUAUCUACUGCAGCUCCACACACCAAGGUGGUUAUCGUUCAGCUCAUCACAAUGCUCUCUGUGAGGCUGGAGAGACUGGAGACCAGGAUCGUGGAGAGUGAGGCCGGACUCCAGCAGAAAUUCACACAGUCGCAGGAGCUACAGGUGCAAGUUUCUGAGCAGGAGAGGCUGAUUGCUGAAAUGCAUACUGAGGUGAACGUGAUCCUUAUGGACACUAGCCUCUCUCCAGAGGAGCAGAUACAACUACUGCAGGGAGUGCAGGUCAAGCUGACCACCUGCGAGGAGAACCUUCAUCACCUCGUCAUCACCGACAUCCAGCUGAGCGGCCGCACCAACGGGACGGUCACCACGACGACGGUUGCCGAGUUCCGGCAGCUGAGGACGCUGGUGAGGACCAGCAUUGUGACGCUGCGUCGCACCGUCAUCGUCCGAUCGCUCUAUAUGAAGAUACUGCGCGAGUACCAACAGCUUCUCCUGACGGCCACCAGGCGGCUACAGCCGGGACGCGUGCGAGCGACGGGCCUCGAUGACCUGACCUCGCAGGCGGCGGACAACAGGAGCCUCAUGCACGACAUGGAAGUGUACGAGGCUGUGCUGGACGCGGUGCGAGACCGUGCAGAUGGCGCCACCGUCGCUAUGUUUGCGAGCGAGCACGAGCAGGCGACGGAACAAACACACGCCCUGCAGUCGCAGGCAGCGCAGCUCGUGAUACUCAUGCAGAGGGCAGUCAAACACUGGGAGGAACUGGACACGAGGUAUCCGAAGGCACAGGAGGCGGUGACUGAGCUUGCUCGUCGUCACGGACUGCUGUCGUCCAUUCACGGAGACCAGAACAGACUGACCGCUCUAAAGGUGAUCAAACAGUUUGUGGAGGGGAGUGAAUAUCUAGUGUUGACCACACUUCGGACUGGCAGACUCCUGACGACUGAAGUGUCAUGCGCAAGCUUGGAUGCACAACUAAACAAGAUGGAUACUCAAUGGGCUGCAAUCAGUGAUUCAAUCACAAAGGAACUGAAGAAGCUUAGUGAGACGUUGUCACAGCACGCGUUGUUCCUGCAAGACUGCAGUCAACUGUCGUGGUGGAUGCAUCACACACAUCAGGAUCUCAAUGAGCUUGCAGAGGUGCAGCUUAAGAAGUCACCUUUGCAGCCACAGGACGUCACUGAUGCCCUUACCAAAGUGAUGGAGGUGCGACAAGCCAUAAACAAACAAGAAGAGCGCAAAGACAAGGUGAUUGCUUCUGGAAACCAACUAAUUGCUGCUCACCCAACAACAGCGUCUGACACCAGAAACAAGAUAUUAGCUGUGAAUAAGCAGUGGGAAGAUCUCGUCACAAGUCUACCGUUGGUGGAGAAGCCACUCGUAAGUUAUGACAUUGAGUAUGCAUCACCGAGAGGAACCAUGCAGCAGCUUGCAGACUGGUUGCGCCAGGUCGAGUCUAUGCUGACAGAUGACAAGAGCAGCCCACUGAUGUCCUAUGACCACGUUCACCAACUUCUGGACAAGUACCAGAUCGUGAAGGUUCAGAUCACAAGCAAACGCACAGUCAUCGACCAAGUGAACGAGUCGAUAGUGGAGAUGAGUCUGGACUUACAUGGACCACAGCGCAUGGACCUUGCAGAACAGCUAGGAAACGUCAACCAACACUGGCAGGUUGUGUCCAGCGAGGUUGCACACAUGCUCAAGUUCCUGGAGCAGACUUACAUCAGCUGGCUGGAGGUGAACACUUCUCUGGCCGACGUUCAAGGAUGGGCGCAGCACAGUGAGACUCAGCUAGCUAUGUACAAGACAGCCACGGAUAGCACUGACAUACAGGUUGCUCUCAGUGAGAUCAAGGUAAUCAGGCAGCAGGUGGCGCUGCACACGACAACGGUCGUAACACUGCAGACGAGUGCGCCUGCACUCUACAAAGCCGUUCCCACGUGUGCUGACCACAUCCAGCGGACUCUCAGCACGCUUGACCACUCACUGACCGCUGUCGACUGUAGCUGUGGCGAGACGGACAAUGAACUGCAGGGACGACUGGAUUCUCUGAACAACUAUGGGCAGGUGAUUGAACAACUGGCAAGAACGCUGGCUAGGGUCCAUCUGGAAUUAGACCAGACAGAGACAUUAGCUGGUAACCAUGCCUCACUGCAGCAACAUCUGACCACCUUACAGACCUUACAAGAGAAUUUGAACAGCGAGCAAUUGAAGAAUGAGCUGACGACGGCUGAAACCACUGUCACGGCGAGAUUGCCUGAUGGUCAAGCGAAGAACGUCUACUUGAAAACCACAAAGGAUAUGAGUAAUAGGUUACGGGUAGCGUCUGAGGACGUGGGCGAGCGAUUGGAGAGGCUGAACGACAUCCUGCAGCGCUGGGUUUGGCUGCAGAGUGAAACCGAGCAACGGCAGGCCUGGUUAGACAGCAAACAGCCCAUCUGCCUGCAGCUGGUGCACGCUCCUGUCUCCGACACUGACGUCACACUAAGAGAAUGUCAGAGUCUCGUUACGGAGGUCCGUUCUCAGCAGGAGGCAGUCGUGCUUCUCAGUCAGGAGACCAAAGACAUUUCCACAAACCUUGAGACAGCAUCCAGAGGUCUCGUGCUCGCUCGCGUAGACACACUCGCUGAUGAACAGAGCAGCAUGUCUUCAGAGCUAGAAGGUCGUGUCGCAGCGCUGGAAAGCAAACUAGACAGAAUACGUCACGUAGAGAGAAUGAUGGGAGAAAUUAAUCUACUGCUGGAUCGCGCCGCAGACACGGCAUCCCGCGCAUCUGAUGCUAACACCAAUGACAAGGAAGCGCUACAAGCUGCCGCGGUGACUCUAGAGAAUGUAUUGAGGGAGAUGUCGGACAGUAGCGUCACGUGUCAGUACCUGGCCACUCUCCCAGAGAGCGCGAUGGUGCCCAACGCUACCUGCCGAGGCAUCCGUGAGCUAGCGACGCGCUGGACUAUGACCCACCAGCAGGUCAGGGAAGCACACGUGAAGCUGGUAGGACGUCUGACCCUGUACAACUCGUUCUCUGAGCUGUGCUUGCUCUGGCAGAACUACGCAGGAGAGGUUGAGAAUGAGCUGGACUCACCGAUCAGUACCACAAAGGAGGGCCUCACCGAACAGCAGAAAGUGCUCAAGAAUCUUGUGGCUCUGGCACCGGCGCAAGAAGAGAUUCUUAAGUCCAUAGAUGCCACUGGGCAGCGGAUGCUCAGCCAAGCUGCCAUCCGCAGCGCACCUGUCUUCAAGGAGCACCUAGCAACUAUACAGGUUCAAGGUCAUGAGUUACUGUUGAAGCUGGCACAGAGACAUCUGGAAGUCAGCAGAAAUAUCUUCUUCUGGACCAGAUACAGACAGCAGCUGAAAUGUAUGCAGCGACUACUACUGGAGGCUGAGGACAGGGUACCACAGUCAGAGCUGCCCGCUGUGUGCAUACAGAAGAUGCAUGGCCGGCUGGCACUAAUCCAGAUGCAGCAGUGGUUGUUGGAGGUACAGAUCCCCUCGCUGACAUCACUGCUGGAGGCCGGUGGCAGCGUGCGUGUGAUCGGUGACGACAUCGGAUGCGCUCUGGUGACGGUGGAACUAGACGACGUGGACAAGCGCUGGAACAGUCUGUCAGCUCUGCUGAUCGACAAGGCCAAACAACUGCAGUGUCUGCUGGCACAGUGGGACGAAUGCAAUCUGAACCUUGAGCAGGUGGCAGCCUGGCUUGCAGAAAUGAGGGUACCACUGGACCAGGAUAUUCCUACGACUUCGUCAAGCUUAGAGAUGGAACUGCGACUGUGCAAAGACUAUGAGGAGAACCUGUCACAGCUGAGCAGUCAGCUGGCGGAGGUGCGCAUCGGCGUGGAGGUGCUUGCGAUGAGCCUGCGUCGCGAGGACACCAUCAUCCUGCAGCAGCGUAUCGCACUCAGUGCCACCCUGCUCACCGAGAGAACCAGCCAGGUGACCGAUAGACGGCACGGCGUGGAGCGGGCCUUGAGCCAGUGGCCAAUGUUUGACCAGCGCUGCAGUGAACUAAUGACCUGGCUGGACAACAUGACUAGGACUGUAUCUAACAAUGGGGGCCUUCACAUUGAGGACGUUGUACAGAAGAUAGAGAAGGAUUACAAGGUAGCUAUAAGAGCAAAGGCACAGGACUGUGAGAAUCUACAGCAGCUUGGAGCACGGCUGCAGCACGCCAGCACAGAAUCCGUGGCCACAGACAUUCAGGACAAGAUGCAGUGUGUCAGCGCAAACCUACACAGUCUCGACACCAUCUGUGAAGCUAGACUGAGUAAGCUCAGGGACACACUGCAGACCGUACAAGAGUUGGAAGACAACAUGAGUAGGUUGCGACAAUGGCUGGCUCAGACUGAGCAUGAACUCAUGAGUCCUAUCAUCUACCAGAACUUCAGUCAACAGGAAAUCCGCCGACUGCAGAUCAUCGUUCAGGAGCAACAGACAGACAUAGAUGGACACAGCAGUGCCAUCGGCUCUGUGCUCAACCUGUGCGAGGUCUUGCAGAAGGACCAGGACGCCUGUGCAACAUCAGCAGAAGCUGCGGCACUCCAGCAGGCUAUGAAGAGUCUUGACAAGCGCUGGAGAAACAUCUGUGCCAUGUCCAUGGACAGGCGACUUAGGGUUGAGGAGUCGAGUAGGGGCUGGCAGAAGAUCAUGGAAGAUCAUGACAUGUUCAAUGCCUGGCUUACGGAGAUGGAGAGUAAAGCCAGAAGUCAUGAGACUGCUUACAUUGAGCAUACCAGAGUGAAGGAUCUCCUCGUCGAGUUCGAGGCUCUGCAGAAGAAUAUUCAAGAGAACUACUCCCAAGUUGAGUACAUCAAUAAGCAGUACAGAAAGCUGGCACGCGAUGGCGCCACCGAUAGUGCCGGCCAACUCCGAGCGCUUGUCGACAAUGUCAACCGUAGAUACGACACACUGCUGCUGAGGAGCGUGUGUGUGCUGCGGCGUCUGCACCGCUCGCAGACGGUUCGUGAUGACGAGUUUGAGGUUCGCACAGACAGCCUCCUCGCCUGGCUGGGAGACAUCGACCUGCAGCUCACCAACAUAGAACACUUCUCUGAGACCGAGGUCACACUCAAGCGCAAGCAGAUCAAGAAAAUACAGAGAGAGGUCGACGAGAGGCUGAGCGAGGUUGAUCAGUUGGAUGCUGCUGGUCUGUACCUGAUGCAACGUUGCCAUGGCAAUGAUGCUGUCACCGUGCAAGGGGUGCUAGAUGAGCUGCAUCGUUACCUUGACGACGUGCUUGCGAAACUCGCGAGCUUCCAGCAGACUCUUCAUGGACAGACGACCGAGCAGAUAAGGGAAUAUGAGAAACACUUGCAAGUAACGGAGACUGAGACAGAUCAUGCCAUUACAUCCGAGACUGAGCCGAGGGAUGUAAGGCAGGAACCACAAACAGAAGAGGAAGGUUGGAGCAUCCUCUCAACAGAGAAGCGACGCAAAGAGGCAGAAAAAGAGGAGGAGCCCGAGGAAAAGUGGGAUAUCCUCCCAACAAUCGCACGAUUGCCCGACGUCUCUGACAAUAAUGAGAUGAGGUUGAGAUUAGCAGCACAGCAGGACGACCUCGACGGUGCCGAGAUUUACCUGAAGGAGUUACAGCUGGCGCUAGCACAAUCUGGUGAGAGAAUCAGCGCAACAGAGGAGCAGACUCGCUGUAAGACGCCGAUAGGCCCCGAGGCGGAGCGCACCCUGGUGGGCUACGGUAAGCUGGUAGCGUCAUGCCGGUCCAGCAUUGACGUUGUCAAGCACGUGAGGGGCAAGUUGGAGCAGGAGGUCGGCCUGUCAAGUCUCGGAGAGAGCGCUGAGCAGGCUGAGAGUGUGAUCGAGCGCUGGGAGCUCGUGCGAGCGCAGGCUGCAGACAAGGAGCGACGCUUGCUCGAGAACGGCAAGGCCUACCAGCGCUUCCUCGCUGACCUCGCGACCCUGCAGGUGUGGCUCGAGGAAGCCGAGAACAACCAGAACGAGACCGGAGAGAGAGCCGACAGCGUGCACGAACUACAGACGCUCAUCAUGCAACACAGGGACUUCCUGCUACAGCUGGACAAACACAAGCAGCUGCUUCUCUCCAUCAACCUCGGCAGCGAGAAGUACGCGGACGGCGUGACGCCCGAGGCGGCGCGUCUCCGUCGCGACCUCACCGCGCUAAACCAGCGCUGGGAGGCGAUGUGCGCGCGCGCGAGGCAACGCCAGCGCCACCUGCAGAGACUGCUCAUACACUGCGCGGAGUUCCACGAGACGGUUCACGAUCAGCUCGUGUGGCUGCAGAGCAUGGAGGCGAGAGUGCGCAGCUGCGAGCCUCUCAACCUCGCUGACGACAAUGGCUCGCUACGCCGCGUCUUCCUCGAGAUGCGCAGCGUGCGCAGGCAGCUGGAGGAGAGGAAGCCACGCGUGCUCUCACUGCGAGACACGGCCGAGCAUCUACUCGCUGACUGUGACACGGCGGACGCACGCGACGCACGCGAGAAACUCAACAUUCUCAGCAACAGACUUCGCUUCCUGCUGCUCGUCUGCUCCCGUUAUCACGCCAUACUCAAGGCCGCUAUGGACGGCACCAAGUCGACCGUCGAGGAUGAGAGACUGCAGCGCCUGCUGGCUGCUGGAAUACCACUAGAGCUCACCAAACAAUUGUCUGAAGCCAUAUCUCUGUCAGACCUGGAUGAGAUUCUAAGCGCACAUGAGCGGCAAGCUGAGGAGGAGACACCGUCGCCUUCGUUCCUUAGUCGCGUCGUGCGCACGGCGCUGCCUCUGCAGGCACUCAUGCUGGCGCUGGUCGGCCUCGCCUGUCUCAUACCCGUCUGCAAGGAAGACUACAGCUGUGUGCUGCAGAACACCUUCGCUCAGUCCCUCGACCCGAUGCUGAGAUACACGGACGGAGCGCCGCCUCUGUAGGCAGCGCCCGCCGCCACAUCGCACCCCCAGGCGGAGCCACUCAUCUUGUAAAAAUAUGGCAUUAUGUAGGACUUGCAGAGAGCACGUUUGUUUGCAUCGGGGGACACGCAGAGAGAUCCGCCCGGUUAUAAUCUCAUCAUGUCGCCGUAGAAAGACAAAUAUUUCAGCCUAACUUCCGAGUGUUGUCGCUGGGACUGAGUAGCGUGGGGACGUGGGGUAGGCAGUCAUGUGUGACAGUCAUGGUGCUGCACAUGUGCAGUCAUGUGCAGUCAUGGGCAGACAUGGUGUGACAGUCAUGGUGAUGGCAACUCCCACGAGAGGAAGGCUCUAGUGUAGAUGUACAGUGUGUCAUGAUCAGCCAUGUGACGGAGGCUGUAGAGAUUGCUAUGAGCAUAGUAGCAUAACGUUAACCACGAGUGACGAACGAGGAAUGUUUAGUAUACUACUCACGUUAUGUUUGUUCGUUCGUUGAGAGAAGAAAAAACGACAACUGGCUUGUUGCUUUUUUUAGAAUGUGAUGUGAAACCUUCGUGUUUCUGCUGUGUGGUAAACACGAAGGUUAAACAGAACAUUCUUAGUAAAAAAAACUUCAACUCCAUAGUCGUGUACGCGACAAAGUACGGGAUAGAUGAGCUUUUGUGAAAUGUGUUGAUAUGGAGGUGGUUGUAAAGUUAUUUACGGAGGGGCCAAAUGUUGAGUAUACCGUUGCAAACAACAGUUUGGAACCUUGUGUAGUUUAACACAAGUGAAACCACCGCAAAGGAAAUGUGCAUGUGUGCUUUUUCUGCCAUUCGGAUUCCGAAUUUCUUUUAAUCUUGUAAACGAUUAUCGGGUAAUAAUUUGCAAAAGUCCUAAUUUUGCUAUUAAAUAAUAUUUUUAUAAACGGGUGGGUCACAGGUUUUUAAGCAUAUAGCACGUGUCGCAUUAAUAAAUCAUGCAAUCGGAAAUUAAUUGUUAUGUCACUUGUAGAUUUUAAUUAGAUAACAUAGUAACAUGAUCGGAGAGUGUCAGUGUGUGCUGGGCACACGCCAAGUUUUAUGUAGCAGUAAUCUACGAUCUUACGAAGCAGCUGUCUCUUCUAGUCUCGCUUUCCUCGGUUGCUGUGCAGUAUUUUAUCCCACGUGGUUGUUAAGUGGCAGGGUGUACUCAUUCACCGAUCGGUUUUAAGUGGGUUGCCAAAGAGCGAAGUGCUUGACGCUUUCAGGAUCAGACCGAUAACACGCACGUUGCGUGUCGCUGUGUCAUAUCCCCCGCAUUCCCAUCUGUUGUCUAACCUCGCACUGAAGUGGUCCUCAGACGAGGGAGGGUAGUCGUGCGGGCGUGUGGUGGAUGGAUAGACACGUUGAUCGAUAGUAGUAGCUUGCACGCGGGAUAGCUGGCUCGUAGACGCUGCAGGCCUGUAUCAGGUCUUGUAUCUUUCCGUGUCAUUGUGGUCCUCUGAUGCGGAGAGAUACCCAAACCUGUGUAUAACGGCCGCGACUGUGGCUAUCUGGUGUAAGCUCGGUGUUAUAGGUCGCGCAAGCUUUUGUCGUCGCUUUUAAUGGCAGUGCCCAGAUACUGUGACAAUGUAGAGUGUAGUCAGUGUGCGUGCAGCCCCCACAACCGCUUAUACAAGCGUGUAACCGGGGGGAAGGUUGCAGUGUGACCCACAUGACAGCAUGGAAUGUUUUCGAUACGAAUAGCUUGCUUUUCUGCACACAGUGAGCAUUGCAUUAUAACUCUGUUAGGGUUAGGGAGGAGCUGAAAUACCCAGGGAUUGAAAUGUAGUAAUCACGAACGUGAAGCUAGUGGUUAGGCCACCGACCCGAUAUGGCCGAAUCCCGCUGCUGCUUCACAGUUCAUUGCAUUAUGUGCGCUUAGAUGAGUCUUCUGAAGAUAUGAUAUGUGUUUGUCCCGUCAAAUGACCAACACAACUAUCAGAGGAGCACAUGAACAUUUUGCCGAUAAUGAGUUAAACAUUAAACGAGAUUUCAAUCCCUGAUAAGGUUUUGUGAUUGCCAGGGUUGUGAUUGCACAUUCCUCUCUUUAUAGAGCCAAAAUACACUUUAAUUAUUAUUAUUGCAAA